UUGUGGCUUACAGUAUAUGACCUUUCACCUCAGGAGUUUGAAUAUGCGGCGCCUGCUGAUGACAUCACUCCUCCUCUGCCUGCGCCUGCUGGCGAGUAGCCAUGGCGACAGUAACCUGGGAGACAGGGAGUUUGCACUGAGGCUGUAUGCGUCGCUACGGGAGACAGAGAACUCGUCCAAUCUCCUCGUGUCUCCGGCGAGCGUCAGUCUGGGACUCCGCCUACUCAUGAUGGGUGCCCGUGGCAACACCCUCACACAACUGCAAAGCCUGCUGGGAUACCACACCAACAAUCCUCAGCUGCCUGAGUUCCUGUCUCAGCCCCAGGGGACUCUGGGUAAUUCCAGCCAGGGGGUGGAGCUUCAGCUGUCCAGUACGCUAUUGGUCCAGAGCGGGCUGCAGCUCCGGCCAGAGUUUACCCAGCAUGCACUGGGCUGGGGAAACGGCAGUCUGCUCCGCCUCAACUUCAGCCAGGCCAAUCACAGCCAGGGCGAUCACUAUGGCAGCGGUGCUGAUGCAGUGCGCUGGCUGGAGGGGUCGGCAGGAGGACCGGGUCCUGUUGCCCUGGUGACAGCGUUGACAUUCCGGGGUGUGUGGCAGAAGCAGUUCCUGUCCAGCGACACACACACACUCCCCUUCAGCCUCCCCGACGGCACACACACCAAAGUGCCCAUGAUGUACCAGGCCACGGAGGUCAACUUCGGUCAGUUCCGUAUGAGUUCUGAUCAGCGGUACACGGUGUUGGAGUUGCCAUACCAUGGCCACGCCCUCAGCCUCAUGUUGGCGUUGCCUAGCGACCGCAAGACGCCGCUAUGGCAACUGGAGGCGGAGCUGUCAGCCCACGCUCUGGAAUCAUGGGAAAGUAGCCUUCGGCGCACCAAGAUGGAUGUGUUUCUGCCCAGGUUUCGGUUCCUCGGCCGUUUGGAUCUGAGGUUGGUGUUGACAUCGUUGGGAAUCUCUGAUGCAUUUGACCCAACAACUGCAGACUUCAGGGGCAUGUCAGAUGAAGAGGGGUUGUAUGUAUCAGAGGUGCUGCAUCAGGCUACCAUGGAGGUGACAGAGGAUGGAACCAAGGCAGCAGCAGCCACAGCUAUGAUGUUGCUGAAGCGGUCUCGUGCUCCUGUGUUUAAAGCUGACCGACCCUUCAUCUUCCUCUUACGCCACCUCAACACAGGAUCCAUCCUCUUCAUGGGUCGAGUCUUAAAUCCAGCAGAGCAAGCACUAUGAACUACACACACACACACACACACACACACACUACACACUACAUACACACACUACACACCUACACACAC